CGCGAUGUAAACGGCGAAGACGUAAACAGAGGAGCCCAAAAUUCCGUGUAUAAAUUUUAUAAAAACCAGCGUAAUUCUUCACUUUUUUGCACUUUUUCGUGCGUGAUAAGAACAAAUCAACGAGGAUCAAGGUUCUCCUCCGAAAGGUGACCCAAGAAGAUAAAAAUUCUCGCAACCCCGCCGGAUUUUCCCUUUUGCUUGCGUCGUCCGAAUGAGGCGAUAGUGUUCGCUUUAAUCGAAGAGGGUCAAAUUCCUGAAUUCCCUUCGACGCAUCUCGGGCGAUAACGAUUUGUGGUAUCAGAUACAGAAGCCAGGGAAUCCACUUUUGCACCUUUUCCCCCGAGAUCGCAAGGCAUGCUUUGAUUGAUUGAGUGAGCCCCGAAGCUGCUGAUCAUCGCAACGUCCUGGAGAUAUUGGGAAAUCGCAAGUCCCUUUUUUCCUGCCAUCAAGCUACCUGCGAGAAACCGUUUCCCAACGUUGGUCAAUCUUGCGCAUCGAACGGUUGAGAAUUCGUGGUCACGCGGGGGUGCACGGUAGCAGCAAAGACAUACACACGCGAUUGUCCUCGGGCGUUUUGCUUUUGUUUGCGGCUGCGACGACAAAGAUUGGAAGCAAGCAGGAGCAAGGUCACAAGGAGGCAGCAGCAGGUUUCGGAGCAAAAACGGGUGCGCUCGGUACAGCGUUUCUAUGGGUAAUAUCGGUCUGCGUAAUCGCGUCCUGGAAAGCAUGAGUGACCUGGAGAAUGGUGAAAUCAUGGAUAUGGAUAUGGACGUCGAUGACGCGAUGGUCGAUCGUCUGGCACAGCUGAACGAACGGAGGCUCAACGAAUCGGAUCUGCUGCCUGAGGAGGAAGACGAGCUGUUCAACGAAAGCGAGUUCGCCUCCAUUCUGCGCCAGCUGAUCCGCAGUGGCGACAUUAUGGUGCUGAACUACGAUAACACAUACCAGAACCGCAUGCCGGUGAUCAAAAAAAAACCGGCACUCAACAAGCUCAAGAAAAACGAUAUCUAUGCCGUCACGAAGCUAGCUUCGGGAGAGAGCAGCAACCCGGCCAUGCCCUGCUCAAUGGUCAGCAUGGUCAACAACCGGCAGCGCGGGAUCGGCCCGCAGGACGGACCAUUCUCGCGGAGUGCCGUAUGCCGGAUCAACAAUCGCUUUCGGCCGAACACGUUCGUCGAUCGAGUGCACAAAUGCGACCAGAAGGUCUUCUGCGGUAAAUUCACCGGCGACGGCAACCAGUUCAUCACCGCCAGUCAGGAUUCGCUCAUACGAGUGUUUGACUCGUCAAACUGUCACUAUCGCCAACUGCGUACGAUGGAAGCGAAGCACGUUUCCUGGGCAAUACUGGACGUGGACUUUAGCCCCGAUGGCAAAUCCUUCGUCUACACGACUUGGGCUGAUGCGCUUUUUAUCGCCAGCCUGGAUGACCUAUCAACCGAUUGCAUACAAACCUUGCAACUGAACUCGGAUAGUCCCAAGCUGGGCGUAUUCAGUGUAUGCUAUUCCAGUUGCGGCAAACACUUGCUGUGCGGUGCAAACUAUGGAAUUUUCACCUAUGACCUGCCUACCGGUACACGGACCAUGGCACCGGACACACACGGCCGGACGGAUGUUAAUGCCGUCGGAUUCGUAGACGAGUCGUCGAACAUCUUUUUCAGUGGCAGUGAUCACGGAGUCAUCAAGCUAUGGGAUCGGCGUUGCAUGGACGAUGCAAAUUUAGAAGGCGUCGGUAAACUGAUUGGCCACUGUGACGGUAUCACAUUCAUCGAUUCGCGUAACGAUGGACGGUAUAUCAUAUCGAACUCGAAGGACCAGAGUAUCAAACUGUGGGAUUUACGUCAGAUGUCGACCGGUGGUAGUGGCUACGAAAGACAUUACCGCGACUGGGAUUACCGUUGGGACGAUGUACCGAAGCGAUUUUUCACAUCGCCAAGAACAUUGCCCGGUGAUACCAGCAUUAUGACCUACCGGGGCCACAAGGUUCAGAAGAGCUUGAUCCGGGCAAAGUUCUCCCCUGCAGCGACGACCGGACAGCGAUACAUCUAUACCGGCUGUGGAACAGGACGACUUAUCAUUUACGAUGUACUGACUGGCACAAUUGUGGAAGCAAUCGAAGGUCACCGGGAUAUUGUACGCGACGUAGCCUGGCAUCCGCACCGAUCGGAGAUACUAACAUGCUCGUGGGAUGCUUCCAUUCAUCGCCAUGCGUACCGAGGAGUGACGGAACGGGAUGAGGAACCCGAGAAGAAGGCACGGGGGCGAACACGCAGACUGGCAGAUGAUUCGGACGAGGAUGAUUCGGAAGAAGAUGAGCGGAAAACGGCGGUACAGCAGCCGACGAGACGCUCCCGUCGCAUAGCAGAGCGAACCGGUGGCGGACACUUUCUGCGCAGCACGCUAGCCUCCUCAUCGUCAGCUGGUUCCAGUAGGAGAUCGUCCAGGAAUUAAGUGUAUCGUUGAGCGCCCACACAUAAACCCCCGGAAGCAGGGGAGGGGACAACUCGUUAAAGGAGGCCAUCCGUCUCUUCGCGUUAAUAAGUGCCGAUUGUGAUGCCGAGCAAUGCCGUAAUAAUUAGAGGGUUAAAACAAGAAGGGAGAUGGAUUGGAAUAAUUUAUUAUAGUCAUCCAGGAGAACCAAGUACCCAAUCGACCACAGCAGAGGUAAACACCAGACACAUACCUGCAAACACACAUCCAGCCACACAAAAUCAACACCGGCCCGCCAGUGAUAACAACGAUGCUAAGUGAAAAGAAGGUCCGUGUAAGCACAGCGAAUCCCAGCUUCUUUUUUUAUAUAACACGGAUACAUCAUCUAAACCAGAGUAGGACUAGUAAAUUCCUGAUCGCAAUUGACGCAGGAAACCGUGAUCGCUGGAAGCAAGGUUUGUAGUAGUGUAGUAUAAUAAGUGGUGCAGAAAUUGGUAGGACAACCCCUCCCCCCCUCCCCCUCCUCCCCAUCUCCUCUACACACAGACACAAAACACUCGAGUAAGACGUUUCGGGCGGUGGUUCGAUGAGCUUUUCGUUCUGGCGAGGCAGACUGAAUCCUUCCUUUUUCUCCCUGUUAUUGGAACACUUUGAUUUUGAUUUUUUACGAUAUACUAACCAAAUGUAUUGCGUUUACGAAUAAAAAAAAAACAUUAAAUAAAAGAAGGAGGAAAGCCAAGUAAAGGUACAUCAUACUUAA